UUGAUCUCUUAAUCAAAUUGGCUUCUUGCAUUCUUCAAGUCUCGCUCCAACUAGAUUCUCCUGACCCUCACCACCCAUUUCAACGCACGCGCAGCAUGUCCUACACCGCAGCGCACGCGAAUCCCCAAGGCCCGGGCGACGCUCGACCCACGGCCCUGCAAAUCGUCCGCGACAAUGACAUGGAAGGCAAGCUGGCCGGCAAGACUGCCGUUGUGACCGGAGUAUCAUCUGGAAUAGGGAUCGAGACCGUCCGUGCUCUUACAGCCACAGGAGCAACCCUGUUCCUGACAGCCAGAGAUCUAUCGAAAGCGCAAGCAGCGCUCGGCGACAUCUUCCAACCCGAAACCACGACCCUCGUCCAGAUGGACCAGACAUCCAUGGCGAGCGUGCGACAGGCAGCCGAGUCCAUCCUGGCCAAGACAGACCGAAUCAGCCUCCUCAUCAACAACGCCGGGAUCAUGGCGGUGCCGGACCUCCAGCUCACAGACGACGGGUACGAGCUGCAGUUUGCGACAAACCAUCUCUCACAUUUCCUCUUUUUCAACCUUCUAAAGCCUGCAUUACUCGCUGGGAGUACCCCCGAGGUCCAGUCACGGGUUGUCAUGGUCGCGUCGUCGGCGCAACGGGCUCAUGGAAUCAACGAGUCCGAUAACUAUCAUUUUCAGAAGGGGGGAUACCACCCUCGGAGGGCGUAUACGCAAUCCAAGCUAGCCAAUGUGUAUAUGGCUAACGAGAUCGAGCGUCGAUAUGGAUCUCGCGGGCUGCAUGCAACAAGUCUUCAUCCUGGUGUGAUAGCGACAGGACUGGGAAGGUAUCUUACUGCAGAGCAGAUCGAGGGCAUGAUGCAGAACAAGGCGCUGAUGAAGUACCUCAAAAGUUCGGAACAAGGAGCUGCGACGACCUUGUGGGCAGCUGUUGGGAGGGAGUGGGAGGGGAGAGGAGGGAAAUACCUUUCCGAGUGUGCGGAGGCAGAGCUGGGUCCAGACGAUGGCGAUGAUACCGUGAGCACGUAUGCGAGCCAUACGUACAAGCCGGAAGAUGAGGACAGAUUGUGGAAGGACUCACUGGGGAUGGUGGGCUUGUCGCAGGAUGAUAAGUGAAAUGUUUAGUUCAGUUGUGU